AUGUGCCAAUGGAGAAUAGUGGCAAUAUUUUAUGUGAUCCUGGUUGUUACUUCGACGCGCGGCAGAGAAAUAAGCUUACCAGAUACUUCUAACCUCGAUAAUCAUGUAUCGUCAGGCAAUAGAACGCAAAGAUUUCUUUUCGACGCGAUUUUUGGAUUGGAAGUUCCACUGUUUGAAGAACAGAGCGUGGAGGAUGAUGAAGAUGACUCUCAAAUCAAGAACUGCUCAUGCGAAUGUAACGGAUCAAGUCAAGAAAAUCGGAUCGUGGGUGGGACGCCGGCAAGCGCGAAUCGAUAUCCUUGGAUGGCCCGAAUUGUCUAUGACGGACAGUUUCAUUGCGGAGCGUCCUUACUUACUAAGGAGUACGUUCUCACUGCGGCACAUUGCGUCAGAAAACUAAAGCGGUCGAAGAUUCGAGUUAUCCUCGGUGACCACGAUCAAACUAUCACGACCGAGAGCGCGGCUAUCAUGCGCGCCGUAAAUGCCAUAGUCCGACACCGUAGCUUCGACGCAGACUCAUAUAACAACGAUAUCGCACUUCUGAAGUUACGAAAACCAGUUAACUUUUCCAAGAUUAUUAAGCCUGUUUGUUUACCGGCCGCUGGAACUGAACCAGCUGGAAAAGAAGGCAUAGUGGUGGGUUGGGGACGUACAUCCGAAGGAGGGCAGUUACCGGCAGUUGUUCAGGAAGUCCGCGUGCCCAUCUUGUCUUUAACACAGUGCCGGGGAAUGAAGUAUAGAGCUUCCAGAAUAACGAACAACAUGUUAUGCGCGGGUCGAGCGUCAACUGACUCCUGUCAAGGUGACAGCGGUGGUCCUUUGCUCAUUCAACAAGGCGAAAAGUAUCAGAUCGUUGGUAUAGUGUCAUGGGGUGUUGGUUGUGGCCGGCCAGGUUAUCCUGGAGUUUACACACGGAUCACGCGGUAUCUUCCCUGGUUGCGCGCUAACCUCAGAGAUUCCUGUUUAUGUGGCAGUUAA